CUUUACCUUCCAUUUUUCUACCCUCUCUUGAUAUCCCUUUUUCCCCACAGGAAGUAUAAUCCAAGUUCUUGAUCCUUUUUCUUUCAUAUAUUCCCCCUUUUCAUCCUUAUGUGAAAGAAAGAUGCUAUGAUUAUCAAACAACCCUAAAGUUUUUUAAUUCAAAACUUGUUUUAUAUAUACACUGAUUUCCGUAUGUAUAUGUUUAUAUAUUGAGGUAGGUGUGUGUGUAUAUACUUGUAAUAUAAUCAAGAAAAUUUUUCAGGGAGCAACUGAAAUCAAGAACUCUACUAUUAUAACAGAUGCAGCAACAAAAUAGUACUGCUGAUGCAUAUAUGGGAGGAGGAGUUGGCGGGGGAUCCACUUUGACUUUCCCUGAAGUAUCCCAAACCCUGCCAUGGAGUCUCCCUCCGGUUCACAACUUCAACCCGGUCCACUUCUCAACCCGUGACCAUGAUCCAUUUCUUAUCCAUCCGGCACCGUCAGUACCCUAUGGUGGUUUACUGAGAAGGCCUCCGGGUUUGCAAUUCGGGUACGAGGGUCCAUCAACAGACCACUUAAGACUCAUUUCAGACUCCCUUGGGCAGGUGGUGCAUGCCGGCUCCGCCAGCCCUUUUGGCCUUCAGGCGGAGCUGCAGAAAAUGACUGCUCAAGAAAUCAUGGAUGCUAAGGCACUCGCCGCCUCGAAAAGCCACAGUGAAGCUGAGAGAAGACGCAGAGAGAGAAUCAAUAACCAUCUUGCUAAGCUGAGAAGCUUACUCCCAAGUACCGCCAAAACGGAUAAAGCUUCACUGCUAGCAGAAGUAAUCCUGCAUGUGAAGGAGCUGAAGCGCCAAACUUCUAUAAUAGCAGAAACAAGGCCAUUCCCAACUGAGGUCGAUGAGUUAAUAGUGGAUGAUGCAUCGGAUGAAGAUGGUACAUUUGUUAUCAAAGCUUCAAUCUGCUGUGAAGACAGACCUGAUCUUUUGCCUGAUCUUAUCAAGACCCUAAAAGCACUAAGGUUAAGAACUCUCAAAGCUGAAAUUACAACACUUGGAGGGCGCGUGAAGAAUGUUUUGUUCAUGACUGGGGAAGAAGAUGAGCCGGCACAACAGCAACAUUACUGUUUAAGCUCAAUACAAGAAGCCCUUAAAGCAGUUAUGGAGAAAUCUAAUGGAGAUGAAUCUGGUUCAGGGAAUGUUAAGAGACAAAAAACCAAUAUCACUAUAUAUCCUUGAAUACAGGAGGUCACAUUAAGAUAUAGUUACAUGCUAUAAAUUAAACCUUAAUUUAGUUCUC